CAUUCAUUUGGCUAUUCACCGGCAUGGCGAAAGAGGUUAUGUUGUCCUUUGAUAGUUGAUUAGUUGAUACAAUUUUUGUUUCUUGUAAACAAAAAAAUUGUCCCCGUUCCCGUUAUUUAGUUUCUUUGUGUCAUUAGUGUUGCAAUGUCAUAAUCAACAAUUGCUGCAAUAUUUAUCAUGUCAGUUCUAUUAGGAAAAGUUUGUUCUCUAAUUUUGGAAGAGCAUUUUGGGGAAAUAGUGUCCAAGGUGGGCACUGACCUUUUUCAAUGGGGUCCAAAACCUCUUGCUCUAGUUGCCUCCUCAACCAAAUUAUCCAUUGACAAGGUAAAGCAGUCCCUCUGCGUACUGCUACAGUAUGGCUUGGCAACAUUUGCUCCUGGUAAGUCUGGACGUGUUGCUGAGUAUACCAUUCAAACAGAGAAGAUAUUUUCUCUCCUCAGAUAUCCUAGGUACCUUUAUUUAAUUAAAAGCAAGUUUGGCGUUGAAGCUGAAACAUUAGUUGAAGAAUUCUUAAGGGUAGGCUUUGAUUCUGCAUCUCGACUUAUUGUAAAGGCAGCUACCAGACUCCAAGAGUCUCAGAAAGGUUCUGACAAUGCAAGUGCCUAUUUAUCUACACUUCGAGAUAAAUUUGUCUCAUUAGUCAACAAACAGUUUUUAAUGCGCUGCCCCUCACCUACACCUGUUGAUGAAGAGAAAGGAGAGAAGCCAACAGGAAUUCCUAAUCUUACUGUUUCUAAAACACAAUUACAUCUUCCUCCAACUUUAAAUAUGAAAGCUCUUACACAGCUACUGGAGGGAGAAGUAGCUGAUGCUGGUGAUGAAGGUGUAUACUGGCGGGUCAACUUUGAUCGCUUCCAUCAGGACUUUCGUGACCAAAUUAUGGUUGCUGCUAUUGCAAGAAGAAUAGAUGACAAUGCCAGUGAAAUUUUCCAACUGUUACUACAACUCAUGUAUAUUCGUACUGAUCCAUGGGUUAGAGUUUCAAAUCCUAUUCCAUACUCAGAGUUACGAGAUACACUACGUAAGAAGGAUCCUCAGUCUCCUAUACUGCCACACCUUGACCAAUAUUUAAAAAUAAUUGAGGAGGACUCCAGUGGUUUCAUUACUAGAGUUGGUGACAGUGGUGGAGGACAAUUCUGUAUCAACAUGCACAAAUCCUUUGAGGCAUUGACCUGGACCUGUAUUGAAAAUAUUAUUGUUGAGCGCUUUGGGUCUAAAGCAGCACGUAUUUUCAGAUUAGUGAAAGAUAGGAGAUUUAUUGAGCAAGAAAAAAUACAGCAAAUUGCCAUGAUCCCAGCAAGAGAAGCCAAACAACUUACUUAUCGGCUAAUGCAUGAAAAUUUCUUGCAACUCCAAGAACUUCGUAAAACAAUGGCUACCAAUGCUGGCCCCAACAAAACCUUCUUCCUUUUUCAUAUUGAUCUAGAGGAGGUUGCUCGCAUGAUACUAGAUUUGAGUUAUAAGGCUCUCUAUAAUGCCAUGAAUCGGAGAGAUUUUGAAACAAAUGAGAACCGCCGCCUUAUUGAGAAAAAGAAUAGAAUCCACAGUAUAGCUCUCAGUUUACAGGCACAAGGAGCACCAGCCGAACAGUUGCAAGAAAUUGAAGAAAUGAUGGCACCUCCGGAGGUUGAUCUUUUUAAUAAAGUAAUGAGAAGAGUACAGAAAUUGAGUGAAGCAGAGCUCCACCUAGAAGAGACAAUAUUUCUUAUGCAAUUAUUUUUAAGUUACAAUAUGCAAUGAUCUCACUGUUAUUUGUUGUCUGGAUGCAUUCCUGUAAAUAUGUUCCAUUGGAGCUGUAUCUUUCAAUCAAUGAACUGUCUUUGUUUUGUGUGUACCACAAUUUUGUUAUCUGCUCUAACCAUUUUUAAUCGAUAAAGGAAACGAGCUGUA